UCAGUGGGGGCAGUGACGUUGUUCUACAGCACGCAUGUUUCCUCCAGCUGGGAGAUGCGAGUUUAACUAAGGAAAAUAACUAGAGGAUUAUAGAAAGAAUCGACAAUUACCAUCGCAUAUUUUGAUCUGUUCAAAAGUGCAUACGGUAAACCAUGUGUUUAGUAAAACACACGAUCCUGCCGAGAAAGACCGAGAUGAAUUUGCAGGCGCCAAGUCCUCUCUUUCUAGCCUGAGGAGAAGUCCACCAUAUUGACUUGGGAAUCACACGCAAUUGAUUUUUAUCGUGUUGUGCACGCGCUGGUGUGUUGUUACAAGUCUUGCGUGCUUAGGCCUUGCAGGCCCGAGCCACGUUUUUAGUCGUCGCAGUGCACGGCAUCGAGGCUAUUGGCAGAGAAAGAUAUAGAUUCGUCGCCUUAAUCCACUUAGGUUGGGAAAGAUAAUUGACAUUACAUUCCUGCCACCACUUGGUGUUGUCACCAAACCACAAUGUAUGCUACCACGGUCCGCCACAAUACAGAUGCUGAAUGAAAACAUGGAAGGACAGAUGUAGGAGGGCAUUCUUCCCUCGAAAAGGACUGACAAGUUCAUGGCUGCCAAAAAGGAGAGAAUAAUGCUUCUUCAUGAGGAGGGGGCUACUGCCCCCAUAGCACUGCCCUCACCUGCCUCUCCCCCUGACCUCUUUGGUGUCCUAAACACAGGGCAAGCAAGUGCAGUUGUAGCCAAUGAAGAAGCAAACAGUCCAGCAACAUCUACUCCAGGUUCUGCAAUGGGUACUGGUCAAAUGGUUUCUACAUUGAACUCUGCUGCCAGGUCUAAUAACCAACCAGAGAAUUUACCACCAGAGAGCACCUACAGCGGUAUCAAGGUGAUGUUGGACAAUAACAACAUGUGGAAUGAGUUUUUCAAAUGCAAAACCGAAAUGAUAAUAACCAAACAAGGCCGGAGGAUGUUCCCUUAUUGCCGCUUUCGCGUCUCUGGUUUGGAGCCCUUCCAGAAGUACACUCUGCUCAUGGAUAUCAACCCUGUGGACAACAAACGUUACAAGUGGACUGGGCAAGACUGGCAAAUGAGUGGGAAGGCAGAGGCUCAUUUGCUGAGACGGGUUUUCAUCCAUCCAGACUCUCCAUCUUCUGGUCACCAAUGGAUGCAGAACCCAGUGUCAUUCUACAAGCUUAAGCUCACUGACAACACGAUGGACCAGGAGGGCAAUGUAAUUUUGCACCCAAUGCACCGCUACUUACCACAUCUGCAUUUGGUCUCAGCUGAAACGGCUACAGAGGAUAUUCAGCUCAAUGGGCCUGACGUGAUAACCUUCACCUUUCCCCAGACUGAAUUCUUUGCUGUAACAGCCUACCAGAAUGUACGCAUGUCUCGGUUUAAAGCAGAAUUCAACCCCUUUGCAAGUGGACCCAACUCCCAGGCUCUAAAGUUGAAAAUGAGUCCCUCCAAUGAGUCGAAGGAUGAAACCAGAUCUCCCAAUGAACUCAAGCCUGUGAAAGGCUUGAAUGGCCUGAAAUCUUUGAUGGCGGCAAAACGCAGAUCUAAAGACACUUCAACAGUAGAUAAAGGACUCCUGAGCCCUGAUGCUCAAAAUGUUUCCCUUGCAGAUGGUGACAAAACUGAGGUCAAAACUGAUGGACCCAGCUCCAGGCUGAAAUCAAGGCCCUCCAAUGAGAUGAACAAAGACUCAGCCCAAUCGCCCAAUGAGCUCAAGUCUGUGAAAAGCCUGAAUAAUCUUAAGUCUUUGAUGGGGAAACGCACUUCCAAAGAUACUUCAGUAGGAGGCCAAGGACUUCUCGCUCCGAAUGCCCAAAAUGUUAUGCUUGCAGAUAGUGAUAAGUCCGGAGUCCAAACAAGUCCCUCCAAUAAGUCAAAAAAAGACACAAACAGUUCUACCAAUGACCUCAAGCCUGGGAAAAGCCUGAAUAACCUGAAGUCUUUGAUGGCAAAACACAGCUCUAAAGGCACAUCCGCAGUAGAUCAGAGAGUUCUCAGUGAAGAUGCUCAACGUGUUACACCUGUAGACAGAGACAAAUCUGGAGUCAACGCUAAUGGACCCAGUUUAAGCACUCCAAAGCUGAAAUCAAGAUCCUGCAAUGAGUUGAAAAAAGCAGGAACCACAUCUGCCAAGGAAUUCAACUCUCUUAGAAGUAAUCUGUCUUUGUCAAAAUGCAAUCCUAAAGACACUUCAGCAGUAGGUCAAGGACUCCUGUUCUCAGAUGCUCAAAAUGUUAUACUUGCAGACAGUGAAAAGUCAGGAGUCAAAAUGGAUAAACCCAGCUCCUGCAAGAAAUCAAGUCCUUCCAAUGAGACGAUGAAAGUUGAAACAAUAUCUCCCAAGGUGUGCAAUUAUGUGAAAAAUUCCCGAAAGUCUUUGCAUAGAAAACACAACUCCCAAAAGACUUCAGCAGCAGAUCAUGGACAAAAGUCAGUCAGAAACACAGAGUCCACUGAAUACCAUUCUUGUACAACAGGUCCUCCCCAAAGUAACUUCCCUGAGCUGAUUCGGGAGUGUCGUCUGAAAAUACGAAGGUGCAAUGUUGAGAUAACCAAUACAACUUGUAGUGUUGAGCAAACAAACACUAAGGGCAUGAUUGCCAAUGGCAAAGUUGUGGAAGUAGCUGUGAAUGACAAUUUUUCCCAGAUUUCUGAACCUGAAGCCUUGUCCGGGAAGACUAUUGAAAGGGUGGGAACACUGCACAAUGGGAAUGUGAUUGACAGUGUCAAGGACCUCUUCAAUUCAUCUCAGUCCCAGGAACCGGUCAAGCCCCGUGUGUCAAUCAAUGACCAUUCAGCAAAUGAAGUUGAAAACAGUCAAAAGGCUUCCCAGAGCUCCUCAGUGAGCUCUGAAGCAAAAAUGACAGGUUUUGAUGAACAGCUGCAGGGGAAGGCUAAACCACACAAACGACCGGAACCUGUGCCUUUGCCCCUUCUUGCACUCUACCUUCAACAGUUGAAGUUAAAAUCCAGAUCUGUUAGGACCAAACCGAAAUCUCCCCCGGGAUUGCCUUCGUCUUCAUCCCCAUCUUCUGCUGUUCCAACCACCGAUCCUGUUAUUCCAGCCACUGAUCAAACCUUUCCAGCCAUGGACUCAAGUGGCCCAGCCUUGGAAUCUACUGGCCCAGCCUUGGAAUCUACUGGCCCAGCCUUGGAAUCUACUGGUCCAUCCAGGGAUUCUACUGGAUGUGCUGUAGUUCCAGCCAGUGGUCCUGCUGAUCCAGCUAUCAAUCACAUUGUUCCAGUCAUUGCCCCCACUGGGCCAACCACAGACUAUGCUGGUCUACCCAUAGAUAUUUCAGUCCCAAACACAGAUUUUUUGGUUCCUGCCACAGACUCAUUGUUACCAGAACCUGACUCAGUUUUACCAACCGCUGACCAUUUGUUUCUUGUCCCUGAGCCUACCUUAUCCAUUGCACAAUCAUCCCCCACCCCUUGUUUGCCAGCAACUGUCUUAUUAUCACCAUUCCCUGACCCAUUGUUACCAGCCCAAGAAUUGCCACCCCCUGUACCUGUCACAUUAAACCUAGCGACUGAUUUAUCAUCACUUACCUCUGACCCUCCCUCAACUGCUCCAGCACUGUCAUCAACACCUAGUCUUGCCAACUUGGAACCUGAAUUUACCCCCUCGUUACCAUCCCCUGGUCCUUCGCGAGGUGGCUUUGAGCCAUCCUCACCUGCGCCAUUACCAGAUCUUGAACCCCCUUUAAGUUCCCCUGUUACAUUGAAACCGGAAGCCACCGCCCCCUCCUUACCUGUACAUGCCUCCUCAUUCCCAGCCCUUGAACGAUUACUGCCCCCUGACGCUUUUGUUCUAUCCUCUGAAUUUUCAUCACAUGGAUCACUUUUAGGCCUACCUGCCCCUGAUCCUUUUUUAACAAUACCCUUUAUCCCAUUGUUGCCUUCCGCUCACAUUAACCCAUUACCCUUUGAGGCAACCUCAUUUUCCUCUACCUCUCACCCUGACUCACUUGCUCUGGACACUGCCUUAUCCCCAUCUCCCUCAGACACUACCUCAUCAUUCCAAGUCAAUUAUGAACCAUUAACACACCCAUCUACACCGUCUCCACUCCCAUUCCAGUUAUCUUCCUUUUCAUUGUUAGGUCCUGACCCAUUGUCACCAACCCCGUCACUGGCUGACCUCACUAACCUUUUCUCCAUCGCCGAAGAGCUUGAGAUAACUGAAGACUUUCCCAGCAGUGAGGCACCUCCUGUCCCAUGCCCUCCUGUCCGAAGUACCCCUAGCAUACCAGUUAGUUCUACUUUACCUGUUGGUUCUAGUCAGCCAACCCAGAGAAAUAAACCCCGGAGAUCUAAGAAGAGAUCAAGGAAAGGAGUGAAAUCUGCCAAGGGUGAUUCACUCCCAGUGAUUGAUGGAUCUACAGAUGUCGCCAUGCAGCCCAACCUGGAGGAAGUUGAGGAGCAGCUGUUCGUGUCUUUCACCUCCAAGGAAGCACUUGAUGUCCACCUGGGAGAGCCUGCACUUUGUGAGACGACGACUGCGCAACCUCAGAAGCCCCCAGAGGCGACAGAGAAUGUUGGAGGACUAAAAACCACAGAGGAAAGAAUAGUAGCUUUCGAGAAGGUUAUUUUGGGUGACCUAAAGGUUAUGAGGCAUCGACAGGUUAUUCAUCCUGUGUUGCAAGAAGUUGGACUGAAGAUGAGUUUACUGGAUCCCACUCUGGUCAUUGACCUGCAGUACCUAGGUGUUCGUCUACCUCUACCCCCACCCUUUUUAUGUCCAGAACCAAACUCUCCAGGGUUGGCAUCUUCUCCAAGUGGUUCAGUCCCCUUUGUUUCCAGGACAGGCAAGACCACAGACUUCACCCAAAUCAAAGGCUGGAGAGAUAAGUUUGUCCCCUCGAACUCGCCAUCAUCCUCCAAGCCUGAAGGUUGCCCAAGUUCAGAAGUGGUCCCAAAGAACUUGUCGGCCUUCUGCAGUGACAUGUUGGAUGAGUACCUGGCUAACGAAGGUAAACUCAUUGACGAGCGCGCUGCCAGUUUCACCCAGACCACCGUCGUCACCCCUGUGGUCUACCAGCUACCCACCAAGAGCACCAGCUACGUCCGAACCCUAGACAGUGUGCUGAAGAAACAGGCACCGGCACUUUCUUCCACCUUUGUCCCACCAUCCAAAAAACCCAGACUGCCCCCCACAUCCAAAGGACUUAAAAAAUCUGAGAAAAGGCAACAAAAACAGCAAUGUUCAAAGCAGAACAGAACUAAACUAACUUCUGCAACAACCCCAACACCAUUGCCCACUGAGCCAAAACCGCUAUUGAUGGAUCAUGGCACCCCCAUCACCCACGAUGACACAAUUGAAACUAUAAAAAGGAGACCUCCACCAGCCCAUGACCCUCCUGUGUCCAGGCCAGAGGUAGAAGAGCCACCUCCCGCUGAACUGGCUCCUGUGGAAGAGGAUGACUCGGACCCAGAGCCACAGCCUGCUGCCAAGACCAAGGUCGUGUUUCCUGGGCUGACCAAGGCCCUGCUCCGACAAAGGGAUUUGGAGGACGGGGUUGUCUGGGAGGGCAAGCGCCGGACCUGCAUCUCAAACGAGAGGGCGACGGUCGCCCUCACCUCCCACUUCACCUCAACGGGCUUUGUUUGUGAGAACCCUACAGCUCCUAUUAGGAUCAUAAAUCGCAGGGCUCCUCCCUGCCUCAAAGCAUUCUGCCGAUUGGGCUGUGUGUGUGCCAGCCUGGCACAGGAUCGUCGUAUUAUCCACUGUGGAAAGAUUGAGUGCAUCUUUGGCUGCAGCUGCCUCAGGCAGAAGGUGGUCGUCCUCAAGAACUUAGAAGGACCAGAUUCUAAUGCGUCAGAGGAGGGCCUGUCCAAGAAGCGGAGGAGAAAGUGGAAGAGGAUGAGGAUGGCAUAUACUCUCAGGGAGGCUGAGACGGUAUCAGAACCUGCUCCGCGUGUGAGAAUGUUGUGGAGAAAGACGGAUGGAGAGACGGACCCGGAGCCCGUCCUCGCCCCAACACCGGUCUACCUACCACAUCUUCCACUACAGGAAGAACCUUCAGUGGUGUAUUGUUCUCCGGUGAGAGAGGAAGGCGGGACCAUGACAUGUGCCAGAGUGCGUGCGUUUCAAAGCAAGAGCACAAACCGACCUGAGGUCAUUGACAAUCACUGCAAACCAAUAGACUCUGCACCAGUGAACUCUUCCAGUAUGUCAGAGAAGUCGUUGUCCUGCCAUCGUCCCAAGUACACGAAGCCCUCCAAGCGCCUGGAGAUUAUGUCUAAGUGUAAGUGGAGGAGCCUGGCGGAUAGGAACCUGGUGCUGAAAAUUGUGUGUGAGCACAUGGCCAAGGACCACCUCAGGAACCCCUUCUGGGUCAAAGGUUACCUUAUAAAACCCGUGUCUCAGACCCUGAGAAAUGAUGGCGAAAGCUGCUCCAUCCACUACAAGGUACUCAUCUCUCAGGUCCCGAGACCGGACGAAGUGGAGGAGGAGAACGGUGAGGAGGAGCAGGCAUGGAUGGGAGAGGAAGAUGAAGAAGAACUAAUGGAAGAGCAGAGAGAGGAGGAUAAAGUGGAGGAAGUACCUGUCGUGGAGGAAGUACCUGUCGUGGAGGAAGUACCUGUCGUGGAGGAAGUACCUGUCGUGGAGGAAGUACCUGUCGUGGAGGAAGUACCUGUCGUGGAGGAAGUACCUGUCGUGGAGGAAGUACCUGUCGUGGAGGAAUUACCUGUCGUGGAGGAAUUACCUGUCGUGGAGGAAUUACCUGUCGUGGAGGAAUUACCUGUCGUGGAGGAAGUACCUGUCGUGGAGGAAGUGGACAACAAGGCUGUGGGGCGUAGAAAGGAUCUGAAAUGGCAGGGCCUGCCUUUCUUAACAGGAAUUUCUCCUGCUGGCCUCCUUACUGGCAACCUUAAGCUGCCAGAAAUCUCAGACCAGAAAUGUAUCACGGUGAAUGGCAUGUCCUACCCCCAUGCCAAGAUACAACUGGGCAUGAUGGGAGCCAUGCACCCAGCCAACCGUCUUGCUGCUUACCUCACGGGCAAGUUACGAAGGCCUGCCUGUCUAAAGCGGUCUAUGGCGGCCUCCUCCUCCGUCCCAUCACAAAAACACCCCUCAGAAACUCCUAAAGGUGCCACAGAUACAAAGUCCUCUACGAGACAACCAGCCCAACUGGCAGCCACUCCUACCACCAUGGUUACCACAAGUGUUCCCUCUACCAUUCCAGUUGCUGCUGGCCCCAAGUUCAUUGUGAACCCAGGUGCCUGUCUCUCUCAGGGGGCUCAGAUGGAGCAGAACACAGUGACUGCUGCUGUGCGGAUUCAGGUUGUCACCAUGGUCUACCCAACCAAAACUCCUAAUGUGAGGGGUGGCGCCGCAGCCCUGGUAUCUGCAGUGUCUGUUAGCUCCAAGGCCCCCUCAGCACCAAGAUAUUCUACAGGUGCAAACGUAUCACCCCAAAAUGCGUCCCGCAUCAGUGAAGUGGUUACCAGUCCCCCGAUGCUCUCUGUCCCAGUGACCAGUACCUCUGUCAGAAUGCCGUCUCCUCUCACAUCCCUGACCCCUAUCAUGUCCCUGACCCCUCUCACGUCGGGUCAGAGAAUUGUGCUGCAGCCGGUAAGGAACACCUCAGCGAACACCCUAUACAAGAACCCCAAGGGACAGCUGAUCCAGCUGGUUGCCCUCAGCCAGCUGAAGGCCCUUAACCCCAAACUCGUCAUGCACAACAAGGGUGGGAUGAUCAUUUUAACCAUGCCUGAAUGCUUGACCACCAUGAACAGCUCCACCUCCUCUCUCACCACAUUGGAGAGCAAGGGCCCUCGUAGCUGUGCUUCCACCAUCAGUACUGUCCCCCUUGUCACUUUCCCAAAGACCCAGACUGCAUCCAGCACCACUAUCACCGCCCCUAAAACCACUGCUGGUUACGUUAGUCUCUUUCCCACCGUGACAAAUGGUGGGACGUACACCUUGGAGAUGGUUCCUCAGACAGGCAACAAGGAGCCCAUCAUCAUCAAGUGUCCGGCGGUGCCAGCCCAGGGCUCCUCCAAGGUGAUGCCUGUAGUAGGGGGUGUUACUGUGCUGCAGCCUCACCCGGAAACCACAGUAAUUACUGUCAAAUCCCCCACAAAAACGGUUAAGAACACAGGUGUCAAAGCUGACAAUAUCUCCACAGUGACCUCCAAUGUAGACUCUAAUGUAGUCUCUGAGGUGUGUAGUUGGAUGCGGCCUUUCCAGAAAACCAAAACGCCUCCUAAAUCCACAAAACCCCCUAAAGGACCCCAGUUUAAAUUUAUAAAAGCUGAUGCUAUCUCCCCAGCUCACUGCAAUUUAGACCCUAAUAUCCAGCCUGAGGUAGUUAUAGUGCUGCAGCCUCCCCCGAAACCCCCUAUAACCCAGGUCACAAUGACAGGGAUCAAAGAUAACACCUCCACAGCAGACUCCAAUCUCCUUACUAAGAUGGUUCAUGUUGAUGACCCCUACCAGACAUGGACAGGAAGACCGAAGAGGAAGAUGGUGGAGGAUGAGUACGAUUUGGAUGAUACGGAUGAGGAGACGGAUGAGAAGACAGACAACUCAUCUGACGAGACUGAUUCUGAUGAUUCAAGUGUUAAUAAAGAGGAGCUCAUCGACGUCAUCAGUGAACAGCUGAAGCACAACGUGGACGAGAGGCAUCGCCGUUUUGAGCUCCAUGGGUGCUUCCAGCGGCUGAGAGAGACACUGAAACUUGACCAAAAAGCUGCGAAAGUGUAUAUCUUUAAAGAAGCGACAGAGGAGAUCCAAAUCCUGACUACGAAAAGUAACGACAUGGAGAAGCUAAGGAGUUCACUGACCCUGGAGAGAGCAGCUUAUGUCAAGAAGAUGUCCCAGUUAACUGGUAAUAAUGGACACUGCUGUAACAUUUCAGCAUUCAAAAAACAUUCAACCAACAUCUUUCCCUCCACAGGAGAGUCUGAGAAGCAGAUCCUGAGGAACAUCCAGUAUGUUUGUUCCCAGCAGAAGAGUGAGGAGCUACUCGUCAACAGGAAUAUGGAAGGAGUUCCCAAAGACUCCUCUGCUGUCUCGUCCUCUUCAGCUGUCUUGACCUGCAGUGAGGCCAGGUCGAGACCAAGACCAAGGCACAUGGGAGGAGUGACAGCAGAGGAGGAGGACAGGGAGGAGGUGAUGGAGGUGGUAGACCUUCUGGAGGACACGGAGGAGGACAGGGAAGCGGUGAUGGAGGUGGUAGACCUUCUGGAGGACACGGAGGAGGACAGGGAAGCGGUGAUGGAGGUGGUGGACCUUCUGGAGGACACAGAGGAGGAGAAAACGGACAACUCCUCGGACGAGACAGAGGAUUCUGCCGAUGACGACAACAACAAAAACAACAACGUUAAAGGGGACGUCAUUAACAUCCGUGAUGUUGAAGAAAGCGUAGAGGAGGAGGAGGCUGUAGACAUUGAGAAUGUGGAAGACAAUGCACAGAAGAGCACCACUUCACAACUGAAGGCAAAAUACGCUAAAGAAGUGGAAGGAGAAAAGGGACCCAAAUUAAGAGACCGAAAACAAGUCCUUGACCUGAGAGACAAAUGCGAGCGCCUUGAAAAACUGAAGAGUGGGCUGACCAGGGAGAGAGCUGGUGAUAUUAAGAAAAUCUCAAAGAAAUCUGGAAAGACAGAGGAGCUCAUCAUCAGGAAACUGCAGGACAUCUCGACCAAACAGAAGGACAUGGUGUUCAAAAGGAAGUGGAGAGGGCCGUCCUCAUCGGUCUCACCCAAUAAAACAAUUUCACUCAGGAGCACUCGACAGCCUAAGCCAAAGUCCCUGGCCCCCAGCCUCAAGUUAAAGGUCGUAGCCACCUCAGUCCCCCACUCUAUCCCCCAAAAGCCUGCAUCCCAACGACCCAAGACAAGUCCCAUCACACCACCUUCCAGUAACCACCCCUCAACGUGGCGUUCGCCGCGUGAAAGGACCAGACCUAACAUCCUGUCUGGCAGAAAAAUACAGCCUGCCCCAGAUUCCCCACCAGUUCAUGCUGGGUUUCUCCCUCCUCAAAUGCUGUCUAUAGUGGGUGGAGUGAUCACAUCUGAGCAGGUGAUCGCCAUGCAGUCUGCCCGUUCUCUGCUGCCGGGAGGACGCGCCGCUGGAAUCGAAAUGCGACAGUCUCAAACACCAGGUGUCGCUUCGGUCACCAUCAUUAUCCCCUCAAUGUCCGAACCCAUUUCUCUCACUCCAACUUUUAAUAACUGCAACAGGGGAGUUCCUAAUUUCGCCGAUGUCGUUUCAUUGGUUAAAGCCCGACAGAACCAGUCAGCUCCAGGUGUGUCAGGGGGAGCUCAGAGGAGGCCAGCCCCAGUGAAGGGUAGGGGCAGUGGGUUGGAGUACGGAGAGGUUCUGGGGAAGCAGCUGGACCACGCUGUAGACAGUGUAGGGAUCAACGACGCAGAUGGAAACUCUGAGGAGGACGAAGACAACAAAGAUGGUGAUGGUGAAGACGAGAGCCUGGCGUCUGUCCUCAACGAGAUCUUCAUCCUUCACCAGCAGAUUACCACAGACAACAACAGCAGCCCCAGAGGUCCUCCAGUGGUCUCCCGCAUACCACAUACCGAGCCUGGGCAGAUGGGGACUGUGAGGGUACCCACACCUCAGACAGACAGGGUGCUACUACCACCAAAGACAGAGAAGGCGAUCAUCGGAGAUGGAGAUGACGAGCGCUCCCUCAGCCCCUUGUUCCUGAGACUGAAUGAUGACAAGGGCCAGGAAAAGACUUCCAAAGGCCCAGGUCUGCCAAUACCACAGGCAGAGGACCUUAAAGUUGGUUUUGGAUCCAACCUGAAACCAUCAGAGACUGUUUCUGCUCCUGCUGUCAACGGGCACAGCCAACAAGCAAAAGCAUGCACUACAAAAGGUCAAGAUGUACUGCAAAAAGCACUGACCCCGCCACUGCUGCUGCAGAUGAAAGUUGGAGGCGUGGCAGAGGUGCUGGAGUCCAAUGAGAAGCCGGGGGAUGCCCUGACCCCGCCCCCACUGCUGCAGAUGAGGCCCAUGCCAAGACUAGACCCACGAUGACUAAAGAGCAACCCUCAGACAUAGAAAUGAGAACCAACUCACUUAGGCCCAGGUCGACAUUGUAGCCAUCUCUCCUCAAUACCCCCAUUCACAUAGGUCGUAUUCAUUCGGCACCAAACUGACAAAAACAGACUGAAAUGGGGUGAGACUACUUGAACUUGUCCAAUGAGAAACGUUCAUUUUCUGUUGCAAAACAUUUCUCUACAGUGUGACUUAAUGAAUAUGACCCUUCUGGCUAAACCAAUCGGGGAUAACUACAUUUACGAACAUACAUUUAGGAUAUCCUUGUGAAAAAAGUGAUUUUGUUUUGUUUUAGGAGCAACACUACCUAACGGGGCGUAUCGGAAAGACUGACAUGACACUGUUCUGACAGUCAGGAGUUUUGUUUGUUUUUCUGUUCAAAUCUCCUAUCUAGAAGUGUCUCAGAAUAAGAGUACAGAUCUAGAAUCAGUUUAACCUUUAAGAUCAUAAUGAAUAAGCGCACAUGGAGCUGAUCCUAGAUCAACGCAUGUGUAAGACACUAAAUACAGGCCCUGAACUGUUGCUUUUCUUUCCCUCAUUUUAAAGAGGAGAUGCAAUGAAUAUUCUGUAAUAGUAAGCUGCCAGAACCUUGGUACAUUUAAGGGUGUCCAGUAUGUUCUGCCUUUAAGGGUUACACACAUCGCACCGAAUGUAGAUCUGUCGUUUACAGCUUGUUGUUCAGCGUACUGUUGACGUCUUCGCAUGUUUCUAUAUGUAAAACCGGUUUGCACUCGGUUCACAAGUACUCUCAGCAGACACACACUAUUGGUGUGUUCGAGCCCUUAGAGUAUAUUAUUUGUUCUAUCAGAGCAAGAGGAUUUGUAGACAGACAUCUGAUGGUACGGAUGCCAGUUCUGUUCAUAGUACUGUAAUGUUGUGUGUGUGUGUAUAGGGCCUCUGAAAAAAUCCUGUCUCCAUAUUGGAGUGGGAGAUCUGUUUCUUCAUGUUUGUAGUUACUUCACCUUUAAGGAACAUUUAAUCUGUAAUUAUAUAUUUUUUUGUAUGGCACAGUUUUCUACACUAACUACUAACCGCUCAGUUUGCAGUGCAGACAACACAUCUCAACAUAGAAAACCCUUGAUAAAUAUUGUCACAAUGGACAGGUAAUUGAAUCUGCAGCGCUUGUGACUUUUUUCUAAGAGCAGCUUCACUUCAGUGAUUUAUGUAAUAAUUAGACCCUGACAUUCACUAUAAUAUUAGUAGAAAUGACUAUGGAUGCGUUGCAAAUGGCACCCUAUUUCCUAUAUAGUGCACUACUUUUGACCAGGCCCCUGAUCUAAAGUAGUGUACUAUAUAGGGAAUAGGGUGCCAUUUGAAAGAAUUUGUGUAUUUGUGGUUGAAUUGGGGGAAAUGAAAGCUGUCGUUGCUGUAAUCAUUUUUAUGUUGCUAAGAGGUAAAGCUUGCAGAAUUAAAAGCCAGCCAUCUUGUUAAACUGCAUCAAGACCUGUUGGUUAGAACCAUAUAGUGUAGAUUGAAUUUCUGUAUAAAAAUAUAUAUAAACUCCCAUUUAAAAAAAAUAAUAGGCCAUGUAAAUAAUGACGUUUUUCCACUUUGAGAACGAUGGUUGUUUUUUGUAAAGAUAUUUCUCAUGUUUUUAUAUGGGGUCAAUAACCGUUACUUUAGGAUGUUGACGUAAGAGAAAGGAAGAUGCCUUGAAAUAAAAUCUAAUAAUGAA